AUGUCUAAGAUCUUCAACACUGCCGUCCUCUUCGCGGGUCUCGUUGCCCAGGUUUCCGGCCACACUGCCGUCGAGAGCGCUGAAAUUGGCGGCGUUACGUACCCGGGUUUCCGCGGUGCUGAUAACAGCGCCCCCCUUGAGAAGGGUAGCCCCGCGUGGAAAACAUCGCAGGGCUGGGGAUACCAGCCUAUAAUGGGUGACGAGAUCAACACACCGGACAUCAUUGCCCACAGGGAUGCCAUCCCUUCACCAAACACCGCUGAGGCCCCUGCCGGCUCCAAGGUCACUUUCCACUGGCACCACGAGGGCAGCUGUGGCGAGGGCGAGGAAGGAUGGGACUGCUCUCAUCACGGUUGGACUGCUUCGUUUUUGGCACCUUGCAAUGGUGACUGCUCGAAGGUCGAUAAGACGAAGCUCGAGUUCUUCAAGAUCGACGAAGUGGCCUUGACAUCCUACCCUCAGGGUACCCGCUACGCUGAGGGCGAGGCUCGCGGCCAGACUGGCAAGUGGGGAACCGAUGCCAUCUUCUACGACAACGGCAACGCCCACACAAUUACCAUCCCGAGUGAAAUUCCUUCCGGCAACUACGUGCUGCGCACUGAAGUCGCAUCGAUCCACAACAACGGUGCUGUCGCCAACCGUCAGUUCUGGCCUCAGGCUUUCAAUAUUGCUGUAACGGGCGGAGACGACAGCAAGCCAGUUCCCAAGGGUGUCAAGGGAACCGAGAUCUACAAGCCUGAUGAUGAGCUCCUCAAUUACAACUUGUACUGGCACGCUGCGAACAAGCUCAUUGGCGACGCUCCUGGUCCUCAGAUCGCUUCCGUUGCCGUAGCCAGCAACGAGCGCCGCCAUGCGAGGGACUUCACCAACUAG